AUGGUGCCGUCAAAUAAUGCAUCAUUUAACAGUAAACUGUUCAAAUUAGAAAAGAUUUACAGAAGGAAUCAUUCUAUUCAUUAUUAUUUGAAAAGAAAAGAUGUAGUAACAGCCUUAGCUGAAGUGAGAAAAGGCUCUUCCGCCUUUGUAAGGGAUAAAUGUAAUAGGACAGCUCUAGAUAUGGCUAUAGUAUUAUUUAUGAAAAAAUUCCAUGAGUCUAUUUUUACUUCUCUCAUUACAGAUUAUUUAUAUAUAGACGAUAACAUAGAAAAAAAAAAUGAAGAAAAAAAAAAAAAAAAAAAUUUUCCUUACAACACUAGAGACACAGUAAAGUACGAUGACAAAUGCAGAUUCUAUCCGUAUGAACCUAUAUUAAAAGAGUGUACAAAAGUAAAUAAGCAACAAGGUAUAAAAGAUCUUAUAUAUGCUAAGGAUUCCCCAUCAUUGCUUCUUCUACAAAGAAAAAUAAAAUAUGUACCUCUGUUAAUCAAACAUGGCAGUAAUUACGAAAAAAAGAACUCAUUAUUUCUUCUCGAAAAAGCAUUCAUAAUGCCAAUGUCCAAAAAUGUGCAAGCACAAUUAAAUGAAGAAUUACGAAAUAUGAGGGCUCUAUUAUUUUUUAUAAAAAUGAUCAGUACAAAUGUUUCAUUAAAAAAAUAUUCUGAAGAUGUUAUUAAAGAUGAAAUUUCGAAAUUAUCUUUUCCCUAUUUGUACAAUAUAACUAUUCAUACUCUUUUUAAAAUUUUUUAUUCUGACUAUGGUCAGGUAAAAAAGUGGGAUUUAAAAAACCCCGCAAAUUCCAGAAAAUUAGUUAGUAAAAUACUUUCAAAUAAUUUAAUGGGCAAUGAAAUAAUUAAAUUUAUUGGAAAAUCUUUAUUUUAUUUUUCUAAUUUAGUUCAUAUAUUUGGUCAAAAAGUAUUUAAACAGAAUUCUGUGAUAUCUCAAUAUUUACUACAUAUGUCUUUUACCCUAGAUAAUGAAUAUUUAUUUAAUGUUAUAAUUAAUAAAAAUAAUCUAUUUCAACAAGUUGAUAUAUUCCAUUGGGAUAAAUUAAUAGAGUCUAUGUCAUCUCAAAAACAUAAAUUAUCCUCUUAUUAUAAACCCUUACUUUAUGCCAGAUUGAACAAAUUAUUUUUAGACAAGCUUGAAGAAGUUUUGUGUACAAAUGAAAAAAAAACAAAGAAGGAUAAUGACCACUUAGAAAAAAGAAAAAAUAAAUGCAGAUCUACUUCUAAAAUGUUCAGUAAAUAUAAAGAGAUCCUAGACGCACCCAAUUGUAACGCCUUGGAAUCGGCAAUAAAGCACACACUUAUGCAGUUUACAAAGGAGGGGUUGACUGGGCAUCUGCUGGUCUCUUCCUCAAGUGGGUUAAGCAGCAUAGCGGCAUAG